AUGCUGAAUCGACUGGAAGGGCAGCAGAAAGAGAGAUUGAAGAACAUCAUCAGCGAUCACUUGAAAUCAACGAAUGUUUAUGGACAAGUUAGAUCCUUCGUUCGAGAUUUCCUUGAGAGCGAAGAGGGGAUGGAUAUCAAUGAAGACAAACUUCUGACCACCUUGCACGAGAAGAGGGUUGUUGAGGAAGUUCUAAACUCGCUGGGAAGAGAGCAUGGGAAUCAACUGUCACAUAGCUCAACUCCAACGUCAGCUCUUGCCAAGAAGGCAGGAGGAAAGUUCCUGCAUGUGAGGCUGAAAAAGGGGAGAGGGUUUGUCGAUCAUCUGCAUGAUGCGAGUUGUCUCCGGCUUCAUGCUUUCUUCUUCAUCAUGAUGGCCUCGUCACAGCGUCACGCUUCCAAGCCCGUGCCGUGCGAUGUUGAGCCCAACUUCGACGAUACCUUCCUGUUCCACCUCCCAGGAAACUCUGACCGUCCCGUCUCUGCGCUAUCCUCACCCAUUCAUAUGGUCGUUACCCAGCAAGGGUCUGACGACAGGCUAGAGAUCAUCGGUACGCAGGAGAUUGAGUGGAGGAAGGUGCUUGUGUCCGGAAGACUGUCGAUCGACGUUGAGCUCAUGGGCCUCAGUGGCGACUCAACUGUUGCCGUGGGUCUGCUGGGGCUGCAGCUGGAGCUGCUUCCCAAGUCUCACAACCUCCUCGCCGACGAAGUUUCCCUGGAGCAAGUCAUCAAAGCGGAAAGAGAGAGCCUGUUGGAGCACGAGAGACGUUUCUUCAAUUCCGCGAAGAUCUGGUGGAAGGAAUUCUUGCAGAUCCGUCCAGAGCAUGGCAACAGAAUGGUGAAGAUCUUCGCGAGGUUCGUCAGCCUCAUCGAGUUUUCAAGGAUGCAGCCAUUAGGAAGCGGGAGGGGAGACGUAGAAGAGCAUGCGAUUCUCUUGUGCAACCUGCUCCUGGGCUUUCGCUUCGAAGCAUACUGCGUCAUCGGUACAACUCUCGCUGGAGAUCCGCACAUGUGGGUGGCGACGUUGGAGAGGGACUUAGAGCUGAACAAGAUCAAAGUGACGUUCUGGGAAAGCCUGACGGGAUCGAGGUACAGCCAUGGAGGAAGCGAUUCUCCGUCCGUGCACAAAUACGGCAAGAUAGGAUGCGUCUUUAACCAUGAGUCCUUCUACGCGAAUGUCCAGCCCGACGACUCGGUCAGAUCGUGCAGCUUCGACCUCAACAACAUGUCGCACUGGAAAGCGAUGGACUCGGCAGCCGUACGGGAGAUCAGGCGCAGGAAGCAUGUACCUGAGCUCUCCUACUACCCGCUCUCGACGCACAUGAUGGAGGAGGUUCUUGAGCAGAGCCUGCGGGAUCUUAUUUCAAAAAGGAGAGGCAUCAACGGACUCGCGACUCACUGGGAUGAAGAGCUUUGUCAGCUGCUCAGUCCUGCGCUGACUGCCUAUGAGGCUGAGCGAGUCUACGGCAGCGCUUCUGGUCUCGCUGACUUCCAGCAGAGCAUAAGAAAUGCUGUGCCAGACGAUUUUUCCUUCAAGGGCUUUCCUAUUCAGUUUUGCCAUCUUUCUGCCCCCAGGAUGCUCGAGGAUCUACUCCGCGCCAAGGCAGCAGCCGAGAUCGUCUCGUUGCAGGGGGGGGUCGAUCGCGUUCGCUUCGCCGUAAGGUCGCAUGUCGUGGUCUACCCUGAGAGGGUCUGUGCUGUGUGGGUGAUGCUUGCUGUCGUCUACGCGCGUCUAGAGGAUUAG